CAUUGGUCAAGCCAGGUCACGUGCCCCAACUCUCACCGUUCGUUGGCUAAAAUUUAUCAUUUGGCGGGCUACGUUGUGAGAAGCCGUUGUAAGAGUUGUGCAGCGAAAGCGUUAGUGGCGUCUAAACGAAAAUGGCUGGUGGCAAAGCAGGCAAAGAUUCGGGCAAAGCAAAAGCCAAGGCGGUGUCUCGUUCGGCGCGUGCCGGACUCCAGUUCCCCGUUGGGAGGAUCCAUCGUCACUUGAAGAACCGUACUACGAGCCAUGGACGCGUAGGGGCCACCGCGGCUGUGUAUUCUGCCGCGAUUUUGGAGUAUUUGACAGCUGAGGUUUUGGAGUUGGCCGGAAAUGCCAGCAAGGAUUUGAAGGUGAAGAGAAUCACCCCGAGACACUUGCAGUUGGCCAUCAGAGGGGAUGAAGAGUUGGACAGCUUGAUCAAGGCCACUAUCGCCGGAGGAGGUGUCAUUCCACACAUCCACAAGAGUUUGAUCGGGAAGAAGGGGGCGCACUCGCAACCUGUCUAAGUGUUGUUGUAGGUGUAGAAGAGACUUAUGUGUCGAUGAUGUGUUUUAAUAUUGUUGGGCACAUGUUUGAUGAUGCAGGCUAACGCUUGCAAAUUUCUUAAAAUUCUAAAUAAUUUGUUAUUGAAAUUCCAAGUUUGUUCAGCUGCAAUGAGCUGUUUUUUCUCCAGUUUUUAGUUUUUGAGUAAUGUUUUUUUAAUGUGCCUUCUCCUUAAACAUAUUCGUUUGUGACUAGGUUUAAGUUUUUUAGUACGUAAAUACUACAUUUAACUUAGGAGAUGUAAGUUUGUGUUCAUGUCAUACAAAUAAAUACUUUCUUACUUCAUA